UAUAAAAAUGAAUGUGAUGACAGCAAAACACUUCGCUCCCUUUCUCAAACUUUCUGUUUGGCUUCCGAGAAAAUUUGCAACGAAUACUUUCUCAGCUGGGAUGGAGAGCAGUUAUAAAGAAGCAUGCGAUUCCGGUGCAAAGAAGCGUUGUGCUGAUCGCAUAAUUCCUCACAUUCUGCGUCUGUAUGGAUCCUGUGCUACAUCUCACGACUUUGAAAUCUAUGCCCCGGAUGCUUCUUUUGAGGAUCCACUUAUGUGUGCGCAUGGGGUGAAGCAGAUCAAAUCAGCAUUCUAUUCUCUUCCCAAGGUAUUUAGUGAGUCAAAGAUUGUGGAAUACAGUGUUGAAGAAAAUAUGGUUUCACAAGGAAAAGUAGAGAUAUUAAUUGACAAUAAGCAAUACUAUAAAUUCUGGGGGAAGGAUAUACAUAUGGUAUCACUAAUCAAGUUGUAUGUUGAGGAGGGUAAAGUUAUUCGCCAUGAGGACUGGUGGGACAAAAAACCAAUUUCGAAUAGAGAAACAGUAAAGCUGCCACUGCUUGGCCGAGUUGCAGAAAUGACUCGUAGGGGAUCAAUGCUGGCAACACAUGUAUUUAUGAGGUUUGGGAAGGACCCAACUGUGUGAUUGUGUGAAUAACUAGAAUAGCGAAAAUAUUUUGAGCUUUUUAUUAUACAUGGGCUUGUAUGUGAGACUUGACAACAUAUAUAUCGUCGCGUUUAUACAUUCCUGUGGCUUUGUGAAUAAUAGAAUGCUGAAACUUUUUUUUUUUGGUA